UGAGUGAAAACAGCGAGGCAGUCUUCUGAAACGUCCGAGUGUCUCAACAUCUCCCAGCAAAACUUUGUCUCAAACACUGUCGUCAAUGUGCCACGGCCAAGUUUUUUUCCCGGGGACCGGACCAGUUGGCGUGUGAUCUGGCCCUUGAAAAGGAAAGAAAGAAAAAAAUAAAAGGCUUCCCCCUCCCUCCCCUUACUCAGCCAUAGGUAACUUAGUGGUGUGUUAGGUACUGGAAGUGAGAGUAUUUCAAUGUUUUCACUGGUUGCCAGGGAGUGUUGCAACCCUGACUGUUUGGGUACUGCUGCCCACAUACAUGGCAUCAAUUUGACCACUCUUCUGGCGCAGAAAGUUGUCGAAAUGUGGAGAAUAAGCAACACGUGACUGGUGACUGUGGUUGCUUGAGUGCACGGUGUCAGCGGAGACUUGUAACAGUCUCUCAGAGUGGUUGUUGCAACGUGCAGUGCCGUCCCAAGAUGAUAAAUGCAGUGCAACAUUGCAGGCGCGCAUAAAGAGGUUUCUAUUAUAUUAACGCAACCAUGAAAGUCUGGAGGUGAAGAGGAUGAUCAAGUUGAUGGUUUAACGUGUAGGUUGAUGAUGAGUUUGUAUUGGUAGUGUGUUGUGUGUGUGUUGAGUGUGUUGAAGAGACGCGCUCUGAGCGGCGGCGGCGGCGGCGGUGGCGGCGGCCCCAGCGUGGUGCGGCACUCUCGACCUUACUCUGCCACCCAGCAAGAGUCAUUUCGUCAUAGGUGGCACUCGGUGGCACCGUGUCAGGGCUCGUGGCUAAGUUUAGCGGUGCCCCUGAGCCCUACCUGCCCUACUACCUUGGUGCCACCUCACUGAUACUCAGUACCACCUGGACCUGCUUGCCCUGGCACCUGUGCCUGCCCCUGAGGGCCAACCAUGGCUGCUUAACGACCUUAUUGCCACUCAUCCACUCUGAUCCCAGAGUGAGGGAGAGGUGGGCUGGGCCUGGAGGAGGGGGCGCCGACCCCACCUUCACUGUCACCCCCCCACCCCUGGUGACUGGCACGGUCAGCAGGCACUCACCAACCCCCCCUGGUGACUGGCACGGUCAGCAGGCACUCACCAACCCCCCCUGGUGACUGGCACGGUCAGCAGGCACUACUCACCACCGUCCCUUCAGCUCCGGUCUUAUGAGAUCAAUAAUCUUUUUCCCAAAUAAAAACAACACUGUCAGAUAGACAGGAAAGUCGGCCGUCCCUCCAAGUAGAGUUCUAUGAGCGCUGAUCCACCAGGCUGUGCCUCUUCCUGCUGCACACGUAGACAGAAUGAUGAUGGUGGUGGCGCGGGAGGGCAGCAGUAGAAUGGAGGUGUUGGACGGCCGCCCGGCGCCAGCAAGCCCGGAUCCAAGUGACCCACAGUCACACCUCAACAUGGGCGGUGUAAGUCCCGCAGAGGGGCCCACUCCCCCUGCCCCCCCGCCGCCGCCGCCACAACAGCAACCACAAUCAGACGGCUACUGGAAUAUGCACCUAGAGGUUCUCAGCAAGUUGAAGGGUGAAGUGAAAGACUGGUAUGAUGGCGACUCCUUAGAUGCUGGCCUGGGGCAGGGUGGCGGUGUUAAGCAGGAGCAAGACCCUUAUGCACCUUACUCACACCUGCACCAAAAUCACCCGAUGACCCCGGAAUCCAUGCAUGGCUCCUCACUUAACGGACCACUUGGUGGUCCUCACAAUGGACCUCACAUGGGCUACCCUCUUCAACAACAGACCCAACAGCAACACCAACAGCAUUACCAGAGUUACCAAAGCCAUCCGGGAAUGGGUGACAUAGCCCCAAUGUCCCCAGGCUACCAAGGCCAUCCAAGACCACACCCGCAACAACAUAUGAAUCAGCAACACAUGGGCCAUCAUAUGGGUCAAUAUCCUGACCAACAUGGCCAGUAUGGUCAAUAUGGUCAAAUGGGUGGUCACAUGGGACAGGGAAUGCAAGGUCACCCUGGUCAUGAAGGGCCCCCAGGCAGAGAGGGUGAUCCAUACAGUUUUGUGGAUGAGUACAGUGGUCCACCCCCUAGACCCGUUGACGAAGUCCUAGGUCAAACUCAACCAAAAAGAAGAGGUCGCAAGCCAAAACAUAUAAAACUUAUGGAGAAUGGAGGUGACCCACUAGCAAUAGCUGCUGCUCAAGCCGCCCAUGAAGCCAAGAAACGAAAGUGGAAGCAGCUUGGCCCCGAUGGCAAGCCAAUACUAGCCCCUAUAAAACAAAGGAAAAAAGUCGACAGAUUUGAUGGUAUUCCCGAAGAAGAAGUAACUAAGAAAACCUUACCCGAUCACCUUAGUCCCAACUUGGAUAUAGUCAUUAUUUCUAAAUUCCCAUUCCAGAUCGGAAUAAAUCCAGGUUUGUUUGCGGCAUACAAAGGACAUCAUUAUGCCGGCCCGGGGAACCACUUCUCGAGCUUCUACGAUCAAGGGAAAUGCCUCUACCUGUCAGGACUGAUCCCAGAACCACUCACAUCUGAGGAUGACUUCCGUUUGUUAGAGCACGGUAUUGGCUUCACUAAUAUUGUUGCUCGGACGACAAGGGGAUCAGCAGAUUUAACAAGAAAAGAAAUCAAAGAAGGCGGACAAAUUCUCUUGUCAAAACUGCAGCGGUAUCAGCCUCGAAUUGCUGUCUUUAAUGGUAAAGGAAUUUACGAAAUUUUUUCUGGGAAAAAAGAAUUCACGUUUGGGAGACAACCAGAGAAGAUUGAAGGAACUCGCACACACGUAUGGGUGAUGCCAUCAUCGUCUGCACGCUGUGCACAGCUUCCAAGGGCACUCGAUAAAGUCCCUUUUUAUACAGCUCUUCGGAAAUUCCGUGAUUUCCUGAAAGGUACACUGGAUGAACUAAACGAGGAGGAAAUCACAUUUAUUAAUGCAAAAGUAAAGAAUUUAAAAAUGGACCCUAGUGAGAAGGUAGAACUUGGGUGUGAAGGCCAGCCGGGAGAACUAUGCCGGCCGCCUGAUCCCAUGGGUUCCCCUGUGCAUGAUGACGAUAGGCUAAUUAUCAAGGAAGAAGUUGACAUACCCACAAAGCUUGAUAUGGAUGUGGAAGAAGAUGAAAUUAGCAAAGAAAUGCCACAAACACUUUUUAACCUCAAUGGGAUGACCAGAGAACAGCUUGACUGUAUGGAUUGUCCUACCAUACCAAUCAGGAAGAAGCGUGGCAGACCGAAGAAAACUCCAGACGAUCCUAAUGCCCCGCCCCGUCCUCGGCCUCGGCCUCAAAAUACCGACCCAUUGAUGUUUAAUGGUGAACAACCAAUAAAGAAAAAAAGAGGGAGACCAAAGAAAGUUCUGGAAGAUGGCACCAUUCCUCCCCCUAAGCGACCGGGAAGGAAACCUAAAGCUCUAAAAGAAAUGUUAGCACAACAGCACCAUCAACACCUUCACCAUCCACAGCAUCUAAGUCAACAUCCUCAGUUAGGUCAACAGCAGUUAGGUCAACAGCAACCACCACCACCUGUGGGCAUGGCACAUAUGAAUGGAAUGAUGUCCCCAACAGGGUUUAGCCCAAACCCAGGUGCUCAGACAUUCUCUCCACAGUAUGGUAGCCAUACCCCUGUUCACGGAGGUGGCAGUCUCACCCCAAAUCACAUCGCUGGCAGCCAGACUCCUGGCCACAAUCAGACCCCUGUCCACACUCAACCUCCCAGCCACAGUCAGACCCCCAGCCUCAAUCCAGCAAUGGUUCCAAGAGGACCAACACCACAACAGUUUGGUCAGUCUCCAGGGUAUUCCCCAGGUCCAACAGUCAACCCAGUCAAUCCUCAGCACCAGCAAAGAACUACGACAUCUUAUGGCCAACAACAAACUGAGGCACCAACAGAUUUAAAAGUUGAUGAAGAACAUCACUUAGGUCUUUCUUCUCCUCCUGCAUCACCGCUCAUGACCCAACCAGAUUUUGAACCUCCUAGCAGCAUGCCUGAGGGAGACAUGUCCAUUGGUGCUUCAGACACACAGAGCUCAGCAGCUCUCACUCCAAGUCAUCAAGAAGAUGGUAAGGCGUCUGUACCAUUAGCUACAAGGGACCAGCCCCAGCUUACCCCUACUAUGCCUGGCCAGUUCUCAAACCCCACAACCCCAGUAGAUGGCAGCUCAUACCAGAAUUACCCUUCGUAUCCUUCAAAUGCUUCACACUCGCCAUCAAUGGUGAAGCCAUCUGCUGUACACCCAGGACAGUCACCAACGAUUGUGAGCAAGGGGGAUGUAGCAUCGAAGAGCUUGUCUGGUCUAGAGUCAUUAGUGGACCAGAUACCUAGCCUCAAUGAACAUGAGACAAGCAGCCAACAUUCUGCUCACUCAAAUUCUGCCCCUUGUUCCAAUCCAACGACCCCCGGCCCCCCUGCGGGAUCAGCCCCCUUUAGCCCUGGUAACGUUCCGCCCACCUCCACGUACCAGAGCUACCCAGGCGGGGGCAGCUCAGGAGCCUCGGCAUACCCCACCUCCCACUAUGGCUCCCCACAGUCUUCACACCCAUACUCCCCUCACUACAGCUCCAACAGUACAAACCUCAGUACAAAUUUCAGUGUGAGCUCACUGGCAAAUAGCAGCAUUAGUACCACUAUGUCAUAUAGUAGUGCUUAUGACCUGGGGUCACCACAAGCGUCGACAAGCUCAUUUAGUGUGUCAUCGUUGACGAGCAGUGCCCCUGCCCCAUCCCCCUCCAUGUACAGCCAGUCCUACUCCCCUGCUCCUCCAACUGCCCCUGGGCCACCUCCACACUCCUCGUAUCCAGAUAUUAUGAGCCCCUCCAUGUUGGCUCCAACCCCUUCCAUGGGCUCAUCAUUUAUGGGAUCUCCCAGUCUGAUGAGUUCACCCACACCCAUGAGCUCAAGUAUGGGUGGAUCCUCCAUGGGUCCCAUGGGUGCUCUUCACUCCUCCAUGGGCAUGACAGGGUCACAGCUACCCUACCCAUAUUCACAAUAUAGUGAUGCUGCCCCUGGAUACCCCCCUCCAGGGCACUCAACUUUUCCCUACCCACCAACAGCUCCUGGGUUUCAUGUUCCCUCUCCACGCUUUCCCUACCCAUCCCCCUAUUCUAACUCCCCCUAUACUCAAGGUUACUCUCAGAAUGCCGUGCUGGAGCGCAUCAAGCAAACCAGUAUGGGUAUGGGCUUUGGGGGAUUUUAAGGUGCAAGGAUAGUAAUGAUAGAAGUACUCUGGUGUAGUGUACUAGCCAUGUAAAGGAAAUAGGACUCACUGUUUCCCAUGCUCACUGUAUUGUCUCAGUGUCAGUUCCUUGUUUUAGCUUUUUUAUAUAUUUGUUACCCUAGAGCACCUGGUAAGCUCCACUUCCAUCUCCUUGCUGUCAAGAGUGAAGGAGGUUGUGGCACUUGAGUGAUUAAUUGUAUGUAAACUGUUCUCUGUGUGUGGAGAAGGGAGUGUUUGCCAUAUAUGACAGGGUAAUAAUAAUUGCUAAGCAUUGUGAUGCGCUAGAGCAGCACUCCUCCCCUCAGUGAACAGCGUCAAGUGUUGCAUCACCAUUCCUGCGUUGUGUACCAAUUACUGGCCAGUGAUCUCAUGAGCCGUGUAACAGGCUGACUGACCCAUCUGCCCUGUGGCAGAUUCCCCACAGCUCACAAACGCUAGGAACAGCCUCUCUGGGUAGUCUCGUUGACUAUCCUGAAGCAUAGUCCCACUGUAGCAGUAAACCAGGGGACAAAAAAAAAAAAAAGUCCUUUCUAUCAGUGAAACUGGGGACUAAGUCCUUCUCAAAAGUGAUUUAAGGGGCUAAAAAGUCCUACAUUACAGUGAACCAUAAAGCUGGAAGGUCCUGCCAGAAGUGAACUGAGCUUACCCCAUGUGCAUCAAUCGUUACAGACAGUGUGUCAGAGACAGAAACUUGUGAUGUGGACAAGUGUGUAUGUGUGGAAGUGAAAAAAAAAAAAAGGAGUCCCAAUUGGCUUCCACAAGGUGAUGAAACAUAAGUUGUUUUGGUACCCAGUCCAGGAGGAUUGUGAACAAGUAUGUGUUGAGACAGUUCCUUCCAACAGAUAAUGUAAAGUAGUAUUAAGAAGCCAGACCCUUUUAUAUGGACAGCACAAUACUCUUUUGGUGCAAUAUAGUCAUCAAUCAUUCAUGCGCACAGUGUUGACAGAUGUUUUUGAAAUGAUAUUAACACACUUGUUUAUAUCUACCACCCAUAUUUGCAGUUGAAUGAUUUGUAGUGAAACCUCCCCCAGAACAAAAUUGUCACAGACUAUUUGAUACAGUUUGUUAAGCCAUGAAUUUCUCAAGGGUACUAUCUACUUCACAGUAGACACAUUUUUGAGAUAUAUUGAGGAGAUGCACUUAUGCUGGUUAACUCAUUUUCACCUGCAGUAUGUAAACUGGUCAAUCAUUAGUUAUUUUUUUAUGUUUUCAUACAAAUUUUCUUGCACUGCCUGAAUACUGUAUAUAGAAACAGCUUAUGUUGCUAUAUACUCAUUAAGGCUGUAAGGAGGUAAUUACCUGAGGUUAUAUGUUGGUAGUAUUUUUACUGCGUGUAGACCCACAAGUACAUCGCCUUAAUAUAACUCUUAAGAAUCUCAUUAUUCUAGUUUCAUGGACUUCUGAUUGCUCAGAUAUAUAAUAUUGACUGUGUUGGGUUAAUUUAAUAAUGACAAAUAAUUCUUGACAUAAUUAUCAAUGCCAUGGCUUUGCAUCUGGCGUCUGUAUCCAACUAUUGAUUGAUACGUAACUCUUGUAUCCAAGUGUUUGAAACCUGGUGUCUGCCCACAAGCAGUAGACAGUCAGGGUUGUGGUGUUGAACUGUGUUAAGAACCAUCAAAUUACAGUAGAUAAUUGGCUAAUAAUUUCCCCACCAUGUACAACUCCAGUUAAGGCUACAAUUUACUUAUAUAAAUUCAUGUGUGGUACAAAUAAUAUAUAUAAUGUUGAAUAUUUUGGGAAUAAUUGUAAAAAAUCAGUUUAUAUAUACUGUAUAUGGUAAUGUAAGUAAAAUUUUACAAAAUAAAAGAUAUAUGUCAGCACAGUCUAGAAGCUGGGUAGUGGUCUGUGUUAUGAUCGUGGGGGGACGCACACCUUAGUCAGGUACAGGGCAGGUUGUACAGUAUAGUUUCCUAUGGCUCUGUAAGUUUCCUCGGCCACAUUUAACAGUCUUUAUCUGGUACAAUGACACUUUCAGCAGGGAAAUGAAUGGUUGUAUUCUGAAUGCUAAGACUGUGUGUGUGUGUGGGGAGGGAUGGCAUGUCAGUCUUAUGUAUGGGUGGGUUAUUGUUGUGGGCCUUUUUAGAGGGUUGGAAUGGUUGUAUUAAUGUUGGUUGUAUGUAUGAUCUUUGUUAUCUACAAGAAUAUAUAUUGUUAGAUGUUUAAUUGGUUGAUAAACCAGUUGUAAAUCUGUAUUACCUGUCAUUUUGGGGGAACAGAGGCAAAGACUCAAAUAAUUUAUAUGUAAUUAAUAGUUUUGCCAAGUAAAUUUAUCGAAUAAAAGGAUAAUGAGAUCCUUUUAACCCAGAUACUUUUUCCAGGGGUAAAUUUUUUAUGCAUUUUUGCUUUGUUAAUGUGUAUGUUGUUAAGGGGAUAUAUUUGUUUUUAUUACUGAAGUUUCUCUGUAGCAGUUCACAGAUUGUGCUGACAUUAUUCCACGAAAGCUCAGGCUGGAAAGUUAAAAAAAAUAACCUACUGGUGCAGUUCAGGCAGCUAAAAAUACACUAAAGAAGUUUCCCAGACUGCUAACUGGACAUACGGGUGGAGGCGUGAGUCUCGUGCGAGCUCUCCGACGUGGUCACUGGCAGCUUGGCAAUCAACACGGCUUCAGUUUUCCCAUGACCCUGACAAACAUAUCAGACCACCUGCUUGAUGGCAAACAUAAUUACUGUUUUUAGGAGAAAUUAAAAUCAAAACGAUUGUAAUCUAUGCAAGUUAUAAUGUUUUGGCAUAAAUGUUUUCGCCUCAAUAAUGUGUAAAAGUCAAUAGCUCAUCCACACUUCAGAUCAUGAUGACCGUGAAUACAUUUUCAGCUGUGGCUCUUUUUUUUUCGACUUACUAAGCAAUAAGACGAGAGGAUCAGUAGUAGUGUGCAUACUUUAGUGUCGACAACCCCUGUAGGUGUGGUUGGUGUGUAGGGUUGGUGGUGGGAAGUGCCAUCCUUGGCAACAUCACCACCCCCCGUCUUUCUCCCUCGGCUACCAGGUACCAUAUCUGCAACUUUACCACCACCACAGGUGUUGCUUUUGAAUGGUGGUUAUUGUGUGCACAGGGUGCAACUGGUGCACAUGUGUGAUUGUGUAUAUUAUGAGUGUACUAUAGGUGUGCCAUGGGUGUGGUGGUGUAGUAUAGGGUGUUUACCAGGAUACCGUGGGAAGGGUCCGGUGUGCCGCAUGAUCUCAUUGUUAAUGUGUUGUCCCCCCUGUGGCUCCAGGCCCCCCCUUCCCCCUCCCAGUCUUUCCUGUGGUGCCUGUGGUGGUGGUGGUAGUAGUAGCAGUGGUGUUGGUGAGCUAGUGUCAGUAGUGGUGAUGGUGGUGGUGGCAGUGUUAUAGCACCACCAUCAACAUUCGUGGAUAGUUCACCUCCCUCUCCUCUCAGCUGGCGGUCUCACCCAACCUCUCCCAGUACCUAACGUGUCUUGUUCCAGUCUUUUCUAUAUUAGAAAUGUUCUUAUGUUAUCAUUAAUGUGCUUUAUUUAUUCUCACUUUUAUUUUUUGUUGAUACACUUAGAUAGUGUAGCUAUGUUUUUCACCCUCGGCUAGGGCCGAGGGUGCAAGCGCUGUCACUGGUGACGUGUGUGGCACCGUAUUCCAUCCAUGACUAGUUUACCUCACGUUCCUCUCCGUAUUUAUAGCUUAUAUUUUGAGAGCAUUUUGUGUGUAUAUAGCUUUUCUCCUUCACAUUUUAAUGCAACUUCCUCAUACAGAGGUGGUGUGAAUCUCACACCCUGAUCCCUCAACCUCCCCAUUUCCUCUCCCUAAACAGCUUCCCAUGACCAUAGGCUCGUGGCCAGCUUCUUCACACUUUGCUAUCUUUUUUUUUUGUAUAAAGUGACAACAGUAGGUUUAGGCUUUCCCCUAGGUGGUGCUCUGAGCUACCCAGGACUUACCGAGAGUUUUGUACCAGCCUGUGUUUGACGUCAGUGCAGUCUUCAGUUUGUGUAUGAUGAGAAAAAUGAGGAUAGUCGUGUGUUGCUCUGAAGGUAGGCAGGUAUCCAUGUGGGUAGAGUACAUAAAUAAGUUUUGUAAUUUAUACCAGAUGUUUCAUAUAUUUUUAAAAUAUUUAUUGCCGUUACUGCACUUUUUCCGUUAUGGGCACGGAAGGUCUCUCUGCUUCUCGCUGUUGAGCUUUAAUGAAUCCAUUGUUGCAGCCAUGAUUGGUGUGGGCAAGUGGCCAGCUGAGGUGCCUUGCCCACACCCACAUCCCCAUGCCCACACAUGACCCACUCUGUCACAAGUAGGUUGCCAUGUCUGCCGCCUGCCUGCCUGCCAGCAGUAUGGCAACCUCAUGCCCUGGGAUGCUUCUACUCAACUCUUUUGGUAUUGUUUUAAAUACCAGGUGUGUCAAUAAUAAGCAUUGUUAUAGGUGUGGACAUGGAGGUGGUGCUGGUGUGUGACUGGUUGUGUGGAGGAUGACCUGCUGGCCUACCUGCAGGUCACUCAUCCACACAGGUCACUGGUCGCCCCUCAUUCAUUGCUCUGGGCCGGCGCCCCUCCCCCCUGGGCAGCCAUCACCCACUCCCCCCCCCUCUCGCAACUGAUACCUGUGUUUUUAUUUGAAGAGUCUGUACAGUUUUUGUGUAAUGACUAGAAAUAUUACUGAGGAUAAUAAAUAAUAUACAUGUGUUGUGAUUUCUCAAACAAAAUAAAUAGUGUGAAUUGUGUUCCUAA